AUGACCGGUGCCCAUAAAUUUCUAUUAAUACCCAUCGGUCUUCUAUUCGCCGCCGUCAUUAUCAAGCCAUCCGGAUCGGCGCUUUAUCGGAAAAAUGUAGUUUUCAACAAAGUCGAUGAAGAAGUUCGGUCAGAAAUCGAGCGGCUUUUUCGAAACACACUGAAACGACUCGCAGAUUUCGAGAUGGAUUUACCGGCGAAAAUCGUGAUGCAACGAUUAGAAAACGAGGAGGGAAACACAUUCAACGACCCGUUUCUUGUUGGAAAUUCUCACGAAGUAAAAGCCUCGCACUACGUGUCUGAUCCAGUCUCCUGGUGGUGUUCAGGACUCGCUUCUCGCCAAACUCAACAAUAUUUUGAGCACAAAAAUCGACGAAUUGAUGUGACUUUCGAUUGUAAUCGUCCAAUGGUGUUUCCCCCGCUUCGAACUUUCAUUCGAUACCUUCUCAUCGCGAUGUUCGCCAACGCCGUUUUCAUUGUUCUCAAGUUUUCCUCGCGACUCUUAAAAAAUCGAUUCUCCCACAUAAACAUCGAAAUCACCGCCGUUCGCAACGAGAAACCGCUAAGCUUUGAUGACUAUCAAUUCGACGAUGACCUCUCGGCCUUCAUGGAAAAUGUGGAGAAAUGGGAUGCGUCGAGACUGGAAUCAUGUCAUGAUUGA